AUGGUUUUCUACGAAAGUCAGAGAAAGUCCCUGGAAGUCCUUGAACAAAGUCCUGUCCUAAACAUGAUAUACGAGUGUACUGGAAUAAUGGACAUCUUCUCAACCGUCGUGAUGUAUUUUAUGAAUUUUUGGGGAAGCAAGAAAGUUCAGGAGAUUGCCAAUGAACUUUUAACUCUUGAGUACCAGGACUUUGAUGGUCUGACGAAAAUCCUUUUUAUCUAUCGCUAUGUUUGGACAAUCAAUGGUCAACUCGAAGAACUAGCCGACCAACUUAAUAAAAAUCCCUUGACAAACUCCUCAAGAAUUCGCGAACUUCUCUCGUUGUACCAACGGCUUUUGAUGCUAAGUAAGAAACUAGUAGCGACCUACGAGUUACAGAUGACUAUGACGCUAACAGUUGGUUUAGCAGGAAAUAUUGUGAUCAUAUAUUUCCUUAUUGUGUUUGGAACCAGCAUGGAUAGUACUUUUAUGGUUCUCUCGUACUGUGUGCUAAUAAAUAUUUGGGAUUUUUGGUUGAACAUAGUUGUAUGCGAACUCACGGAGGAAGCUGGUAGAAACACCUCAACUGUCCUAAAACGUUUUACUGAUCUUAAGCAAAAAGAUGUCGAACUAGAAAGAAAUUUAAAUGAAUUCGCCUGGCUGGGAAGUCACCGAAAAUUCCGAUUUCAGCUGUGCGGAUUUUUGUCGAUAAAUUAUGAGAUGGGUUUUCAAAUGAUCACAACCAAUUUUCUAUAUUUGAUUUAUUUAGUUCAGUUUGAUUAUAUGAACUUGUAA